AUGCCUGGACCGAUAGACCCAGAGUCUAUCUACACCAAGCAAUCAUGUAUCGGUGGUGGAAGCUUCGGCAAGGUGUACAAAGGAGUCGAUAGACGUACCGGAGAAUCGGUUGCGAUCAAGAUCAUCGAUGUCGAAAACGCCGAGGAUGAGGUAGAUGACAUCAUCCAAGAGAUCGCGAUCUUGUCUGAACUCAAGUCUCCAUACGUGACGAAGUAUCAUGGCUCAUAUUUGAAGGGCUCCAAUCUGUGGAUCAUCAUGGAGUUUUGCUCGGGUGGGAGUUGCCAUGGACUGCUUCGCCCUGGUGUGAUCCAUGAAGAGUACAUUGCGAUUAUUCUGCGAGAACUUCUGCAUGGUUUGGAUUAUCUGCACAGUGACCAUAAACUGCACCGAGAUAUCAAAGCUGCGAAUAUCUUGUUGAGUGCCAGUGGCCAGGUCAAAUUGGCUGAUUUUGGCGUUUCGGGCCAGUUGUCGGCCACCAUGACGAAGAAGAAUACUUUUGUUGGAACGCCUUUUUGGAUGGCCCCGGAAGUCAUUAAACAAUCCGGAUAUGACUACAAAGCAGACAUUUGGUCUCUGGGUAUCACGGCUAUCGAGUUGGCUUGUGGAGAUCCGCCCUAUGCAGAUAUUCAUCCCAUGAAAGUUCUGUUUCUGAUCCCCAAGAAUCCUCCCCCGACCCUGAAUGGCAGCUUUACCAGGCCAUUCAAACAAUUCGUCGAGAUGUGUCUCAAGCGGGAUCCCAGGGAGCGGCCGUCUGCCAAGGAAAUGCUUGAGCAUCCUUUUAUCAAGAAGGCCAAGCGAACGACGUACUUGACUGAGUUGAUCGAGCGGGCUGAGCGUUGGCAGGCCACGCACCGGGGGGAAGGCGAUGAUGAUGAUGAAUAUGACGAGAUCGAGGAGCCUCUGGAGGAUCCUCCUGAAAACCAUGAGGAUCUUUGGGACUUUGGAACCGUUAGACCCGCUGGUCGAGCUAACGGACCUGCACUGCAGCCUAUGAGGGACUCUGAUACGAAUUCGCGCGGCCAGGAAACUGAAGAGUGGGAUUUGCAAGACGAUAUUAAACAACCUGUGGCACCACCCAUGUCGAGAACACAACAGUCACACGGUACACCUUCUGCCUCGAGCAAGGUAAACCCUCCUCCUAUCGCUGAUCCCUUUUCACGCUCUUCUACGGCCACUCUACCGACUCUCCCCCUAUCACCAUCAAAGCCGGCUGCUCAACCAAUUCCCUCGGCUGCUCACCACGCCCGCCAGAUUUCAACCCCCAAUACACCACAAAAGAAGUCACCCACGAGACAGAAUGACCACUACGCAAAGGCGGCCCUAGAGUUUGCCAGUAACGGUGCAGGAUCAUCACCGAAGCCGACCCCUACCCAGCUUCCCGUCAUCAACAGCGCUCAACCCACCAACAACCUAUCCAGCGAGCAGCCACGUACUCCUGGACAUAUCUCUCGCAAAAUCCCCCCAUCCCAACGCCCUCUCCCAGACCUCAAAGUGAACCCGGCCGUCAAGACCCCCCGACUCCGAACCGGCAGCCGACCCCAAACCCCAACCCGACCACCAGGUUCCAGUUCCCACCCAACCCCCAACACCGACCGCAACCUCCCACCGGCCCGCCAAACCCCCGCAGAAAUCGAGCGUGCCACAGCCUACGGCUCCGUCCUCCUCCCAGCCCUGCGCACAGCGAUGAAUCGGCGAGGCCGCCAUCUGGCCCGGCACGACCCGGCGCGUAAUUACGGGCAGGGCCAACGGGACCCAACCCGUGAAGAAGAUCAGGAUUGGGAACGACGGGUCCAAAUCCAUACUGAGAUGGAGGGGCUCGCGAAUGACAUUUCCGGCCUUAUGACUCGACUUCAUCAGUUGGAUAUGACUGAUCCUGUUCCGAUGGGUGGGGGCGUUGAUGCUGUUUUGGACGUUUUCCUUGAGGAGAUUCUUGUGAGGGUUCAGCCUGGUCGGCGUUGA